UUUACGAUCUCCGCCCCCGUCUCUCUCCCCUGCGAUUUUCGCUCUCCGUCCCGGCGACAACGCCGAGUAGAGCUUUGAACUCCGCCUCCCCUGCUUCCGGUCUCCGACGAAGUUAGGUGUUUGAGUGUUUCUGCUUCCAGUCUCCGCCUCUUCGGCUGGAAAUCGAAGAUUUGAAAUUCAGAGUCAAAUUACUUCCCCAACAUUGUUCUCCAGUCUUCAAAAAACGUAUUCGAGAUCGAGAAGCCAUUAAAGGUGAGACCUAAAAUCAUGGCUGAUUCUUUCUUAGCAGAUUUGGAUGAAUUAUCUAUGGCGGAUUCUUUCUUAGCAGAUUUGGAUGAAUUAUCUGACAAUGAAGCUGAUAUUCUCGAUGCUGAGCACAUGGAGGAAGAUGUUGAUGGUGAGCUUAACUAUGAUGAUCUGGAUAGUGUCUCUAAAUUGCAGAGGACCCAGCGUUACAUCAAUAUUAUGCAGAAAGUAGAAGAAGCCCUAGAAAAGGGUUGUGAAAACUCAGAAACAGUGAUGGUUCUAGAAGAUGAUGAUCCGGUGUACCAGCUGAUUGUAGAUUGUAAUGCAUUGUCAGUUGAUAUUGAGAAUGAAAUUAUUAUAAUUCAUAAUUUCAUACGUGAUAAGUACCGCUCAAAAUUCCCAGAGUUGGAGUCUAUUGUUCACCAACCAAUUGACUAUGCCCGGGUGGUUAAGAAAAUUGGGAAUGAGAUGGACCUCACCCUUGUUGAUCUGAAAGGAAUUUUGCCUCCACCUGAUAUCAUGAUUGUUUCGGUUACAGCAUCAACUACAAAUGGCAACCCACUGCCUGAAGAUGUGUUGCAGAAGACAAUUGAAGCUUCUUGUGAUGCAUUUGCUCUUGAUUCAGCAAAGAAGAAACUCCUAGAUUUCGUUAAGAGUCAAAUGGGGUAUAUUGCUCCAAACCUCUCAGCUAUGGUAGGAAGUGGUGUUGCUGCAAAACUUAUGGGGAUUGCUGGUGGUCUUUCCUCAUUGGCAAAGAUGCCUGCUUGUAAUGUGCAGCUUCUUGGCUCUAAAAAGAGCAACCUUGCUGGGUUCUCUACACCAAAAUUUCGCAUUGGAUUCCUUGAGGAGACAGAAAUAUUUCAGAGCACACCUCCUUCUUUAAGGACGCGUGCCUGUCGACCCUUAGCUGCAAAGGCUACUCUUGCUGCACGUGUUGAUUCAACAAGGGGAGACCCAACGGGGAAAACUGGGCGGUCUCUCCUAGAAGAGUUUCGUAAGAAGAUAAAGAAAUGGAAAGAGCUACCUCCUGCCAAACGGCCUAGACCACUUCCUGUUCCAUAUUCUGAACCUAAAAGAAAGAGGGGUGGAUGUAGACGGAGGAAGAUGAAAGAAAGGUAUGCCACUACAGACAUGCAGAAGCUGGCUAACAGAAUGCAGUUUGGAGUAGCUGAAGAGAGCUCAUUGGGGGAUGGUUUGGGUGAGGGAUAUGGAAUGCUUGGUCAGGCUGGAAGUGGCAAAUUACGUGUAUCUGUUGGGCAGAGCAAGCUUGGUGCCAAAGUAGCUAAGAAAUUUAAGAAGAAUUACGGAAGCAGAUCAGGACUGAGUUCAAGUUUAGGCUUCACUCCUGUGCAGGGGAUUGAACUGUGGAACCCAGAAGCAUAUGUAAAUCAACUUGGGUCAGGAACCCAGAGCACAUACUUUUCAGAAACCGGGACAUUUUCCAAGAUCAAGAGAACAAAACGCUACUUUCAGAAGAAACAAUUUGAACAAUGAAUCGUCUUCGUGUUUAUUCUUCUUGAUUGCACAAGUAGCUUAGCAGCUAACAAUUUUCUUAUCCAUUCGUAGAAACAAAUUCUUUCUUUCUGUUUAGUAAACACAAUUUCCUCCU